AUGGCGUUCCCGCUUCGCUGCAUUGUUUUCUUUGAAGCGUGCUGUGCAUGCUCUGCUUUCAGCAUCGAUGCAGGGUUCACGUGCAGGGCGUCAAGCAACGAGUAUGCAUGCGGCUACGCACUUGACCGGAAUGUCACCUCCGCAUGGGCAUCCGAUGGUCAAACGCCACAAUGGCUGGAAGCCCGAAUAGCAGACGGGACCUAUGCAACGCUGGGCUCCUACGCCCUCACAGCGGUCAUUGGGCGUGCUGAUCUGGCACCGACGGCGUGGCGGCUGGAAGGGGUUGAGCCAGGCUCCACGCAGCGCCAAAUCCUGGACGAGGCAUGGGGCAAGACAUGGCAGGAAGGCACAACUCACGUCAGAGAUCUCGGAGGCCACAGCUCCUGGAGAAGCUACGUGCUGACCAUGCUGGAAGGCACCGGUACACAAGUUGCCAUCGCAGAGCUCCAGUUGAUGCCGAAGCUGGGCUAUACUUUCGAAAUUUCUCAUUGGACGCUCUGCUCCGCUACAUGCGGUGGUGGGUCACAGGAGAGGUGGAAUCUCCACGGUGACAGCAACUCUUUCCGGUUUUGGCGCAUCAACUUCUUGGAGACCUUCGGAGGUAACUCGCAUCCUGUCCACGUGGCCGAAGUCGGCCUGUUCGCACCUCCUGCGACCUACCGACUCGUCACUGGCAGCUUUGGUGCGUGCGAACCGCUCGGUGGUGCCGGCGCUUGUGGCAUGGGAGUCAGCCGGCGUCAAGUCACGUGCUUCGACGAUGAGGACUACCCCCAUCCUCUGGAGAGCUGCGAGGACGGGCCAGAAACUGCAACAGAGCGGGGCUGUACCGUGGACUGCCCAGAGCUGGUGGUAUCAAGUGCCUCAGCACAUCCGAAUUUCUUUGGCAUCCUGAGGCCGGCAGUGUGCGCGAUGCUGUGCCUUUGGUGA